AUGUUCAUCGGGGGCGUUGGCCGCUCCGUGGCACAUAUCUACUCCCAAUGCUUUGUCAUUUUGUACAACUUGGUCCAGGAUUUACUGAUUUACGUCUUUGCUACCAAUGCUCCUCCUCCGUCCAGCCCUGGUAAACGGCUACGCCGUCCUCGGGUCGCCAUUGUCGGCUCCGGGCUGACUGGCGUCUCAGCAGCGGCGCAUUGUGUUGGCCAUGGGUUUGACGUAAAGAUAUUUGAAGCCCGACCUAAGGAGAAGGGGCUAGGAGGUAUAUGGAGUAGAGUGAACUCUACAUCUUCACUGCAGAUCCAUAGUAUCAUGUUCAGGUUUCACCCAUCGAUCAAGUGGAAAAAUGCCUACCCAAAACAGCAGCAGAUUAAGGAUCAAAUCGUCAAAAUAUGGGAAGCUUACCAUCUUGAUGAUAAGACCAUCUUCGACACACCCGUUAAAUCGGUCCGGAAGGACAGUAAAGGAAAAUGGAUCAUCAACGAAGACAAACACGCCCAUGGCACCUUUGACGGCGUUGUUGCGGCUGUAGGGAGCUGCGGUGACCCGAAGCUACCAACACUUCCGCAUCUGGACCAAUUUGGCGGACAAGUAUACCAUUCUUCUGAGUUGGAUGGAAUAAAUGCCAAAGGGAAGCGUAUUGUUGUUGUUGGAGGAGGAGCCAGCGCGGUCGAAGCCUUGGAGUUUGCUGUCAAUGCUGGUGCUGCAAACGUGGACGUCCUCUCACGAUCAGAUAAAUGGAUUAUACCGCGGAAUGCCAUCGUGGAUAUCAUCCUGGCCUGCAACAUCUUCGGGCAGGAGACCAUCCUCUCCUUCAUCCCAGAGACCCUUUUGCGCAAGCUCUUCUAUCGUGACCUAGAGGACAUCGCCCCGUCUAGCAAGGGAUUGUUCACCGAUACGCCAAUGGUGAACUCGGAUCUGUUCGAACUGAUACGAGCAGGCAAGGCCCGCUGGCUACGUGGGGAUAUUCUCUCUGUUGCCGAAGACGGCAUUUCCUUCAACCACCGAGCCAAAGGGGUCCCAAGGUCUGGACCGGGCCGCGAAAUAUUUAUCAGUGCAGACAUUAUCGUUAUGGCGACAGGAUUUAUUCGGCCAUCCCUUUCUUUUCUUCCUUCGGAGGCUUUCGAACCACCCUACGACCCGCCAAACUGGUAUCUUCAGGUUUUCCCCCCAGCAUACCCAAGUAUUUGCACAAAUAACAGCACCUUUGUUAACGCCAUAGCUACCGCAGGAAAUUACCAUAUUGGAAUAUACACUCGCCUUUUGCUCAUGUUUCUGAUCGAUCCGCUGAGUCGCCCGCAGGAGUACUGGAUGAAAAGGUGGAUUGACAUGACGAGGGUUAUGAAGAGGUUCGCCCCAACCGGAGCGUUUGACUUUUUUACUUACGCCGAAUUGCUGUACUGGUUCUUAUUUGUGGUGCUUUUUAACCCCUUUCGUUGGAAGUGGGCUGCCUUCGUGUUCUUUGGGCUGGGACAAGCGCUUCCUAUGGCUGUUGUGGGUAAGGAAGACGAUGCCAGGGAGCUUCUCGGGGGCGAUUCGCAACUCCUCACUGGCAACAGCUAG